UAGUGGGCGUAGUCUCAACUGGAAGACGCUUCCUGUACUCAGGUGUAGCUAGGCUAAUCUCUGUGACUAAUCAGUCACAGUUCGGCGAAAGCAGUGAAAUACAGCGUGGGCAAGUCGUCUGAUUCAGUGGUGGGGAACAGAAGCGGUCGGACAACACCAUGAACGGCCAACUGGACCUGAGUGGGAAGCUGAUUAUCAAAGCACAGUUGGGCGACGACAUCAGACGCAUCCCCAUCCAUAAUGAAGACAUUACGUACGAUGAGCUAGUGCUAAUGAUGCAGCGCGUCUUCAGGGGAAAGCUGCAGAGCAACGACGAGGUCACCAUCAAAUACAAGGAUGAAGAUGAUGAUCUCAUCACAAUCUUCGACAGCUCUGACCUCUCCUUUGCCAUCCAGUGUAGUAGAAUACUCAAACUGACUUUGUUUGUGAAUGGUCAGCCGCGGCCUUUGGAAUCCAGUCAGGUGAAAUACCUGCGCAGAGAGCUCAUUGAGCUCAGGAACAAAGUCAACAAUCUCCUGGAUAGUCUGGAACCACCCACAGAGCACGGCCUGGCUGCCAUUACUCCAGACAGUGAAUCAGUGGAUGGACGUGAAGGAAAGGUGGUGCCGGCAGACCCCACAGUAAAACAGGCCACCCCAGUCAGUGCAGCCAGUAUGUCUGCCUUCGACCCGCUAAAAAACCAGGACGAGGUCAACAAGAACGUCAUCUCUGCUUUUGGUCUGAGUGAGGAACAGGGCCCAGCUCCACCUGCAGCUGCGGCCGAGGAUCGUUCGGGAACCCCUGACAGCAUCAAUUCUUCCUCGUCUGCACCCCCUCAGCCUGGAGUUCACCCCCAGCAGGCCCCUUAUCCUGGAGUACAGCAGGGACCCCCAGCAGCCAUGGAUGGGCAGAUGUACCAGCAGUACCAGGCUCCAGGUGGGUACCCUCCUCAACAACCAGGUGCUCCACCCCAGCAGCAACAGCAGCCGUACGGUAUGCAGUACCCUGGUAAGAGUAGCCAAAAAGCAGGUUAUAGCGCCCAACCCGGAGCCCCUCAGCCUGGUCCACCACAGCCUCAGCCGCAGCAGUUUCAGAACUACCCACCUCCCUCCUCCCAGGCUUCUGCCCCUGGUCCAGCCCAAGCCCCGGGUUUCCAGGGCGGACAGCAGCCAUCCCAUCCAGUUCAGGGUGCCCAGCAGUAUCCACCAGGAGCCUUUCCUCCCCAAAACUAUACCUCCCAAGGCGCCCAGCCUGCUAACUACAGCCUGCCGCCCAACUCUCAGCCUGGCCCAGGAUACCAGACCCGACCUGGUUACACCCCACCCCCAGGCAGUACCCCUCCGCCCGGGGCUGCGAACCCCUAUGCCCGCAACCGGCCCCCUUAUGGCCAGGGUUACACUCAACCAGGUCCUGGAUACCGGUAAACUGAUUCUCACUCUCCUCCACCCCCCAAACCCAUCUUCCUUUGUGGCUCCAACUGUGUUUAGGGUGAGUGCAUAAAUUGCCCUUUCCCUUGUACAAAUACGAAUUCCAAAUGCGACACAAGCUUUGCCGGUUCUGAAGGUUAGUGUUUGUAUGCUGUCAGUCCUUCAAACAACUCUGUUGUUGUCCUAGUGUCUGUUUUGUUUUUUGUUUUGUUUUCGCCCCUUUUUUUGUGCCACCCCAUUGUGUCUGCUGUGUGGAAAUCUAAACAGUCUGUUUGCACACACCUGCAAGACGAAGCGAACUGUUGCCAACUGGUUACACUUCAUUUUGCAAAAGAUCAGCAUCUGUAUUUCGCAUAAAUUGGCGAGGAGCAUCUGGACAUUGCCUUAUGCAGCAUUUAGCUUAGCCGCCUGCUGAAAUGGGCCACAACAGAAGCCUGUCUUGUUAUGAUAAAUUGUCAUUGUUGUGGUGUUAAUCAUCUUCACUUGAUGCUAUUAUCUGGGUUACUGGAUUAAUCCAAAUUAUCAGAAGAUACUUUAGAUUGAGAUGCUUGUUUUAUGAGUUCACUCUCUAGCCAGAAACUUUCUUGGCAAGCUGUGAUAUGAGCUUAGCUACCUAGGAGAGGUGAUAUUUUGAAGUUAUUAUAUAUAUAGAUAAAAUUUAACAAUGGCACACUGUAUCCAACAAACGUACAGCUAUUUAAAAACAGCUGAACAAUUCUAGUAAGAAAUUGCACCAACUAAACUGCCUUUUCUGCACCUCCAAGACCUGUACUUGAGUGACAGACUGCACCUCAUAUAGCAUACUAAUUGCUUGCAUUAAAAUGGAGUCUGAUUGGACCACAAAUAAUGAUAUAUCAUAGAGAUGCAACAAGCUACGCACAGCGCCUGCAAUGUCCGGAACAAAAACAAAGGAAUGGAAAGGUAUGACUAUGGUGGCCCAGAGAGAUUAGAACUCUUUCAAAUUAAGACAAUACUAGCAAAUGCAAAAAAAAAAAGGAUACUAAAAAAAAAAACACUAUCUACAUUAGUUUGCAACAGGUAGGUGAUCAAAAAUGUCAUGCUAAUUGAAAAAAGAAAAUGCUUGCAAACAUGGUGAACACCAACAAAUAUAACCUGCAACAUGUGCAACAGUUUAAUUUGAUAGUCUGCUGUAAAUUCACAAAACGCACCCAAAAUCACAGAUGCCGAACUCCACAACGCAACGGAAGUACUAAACAAUACAACAAGAGGGUUCUUCCCAGAGGAAUUUCACUGUUCAAUACACUGCGAGUAAAAUGUUUAAAUAGAAUUGUUUUAGGAGUAGAAUCAUAAAUAAAAGAAACAAAAAAAUUGGCAGGAAACCUCUUUGUGUUGUAUUUCUGUUGUGUUGUGGAGUUUUGCAGGAUAUCACUUUUUGGGUACAUUGUGUCAAUUUGCAGCAGAUGCAUUAUAAAAAUGUUUGCAUGAGUUUUGUGUGUUUGCAAAUGUUUUUAAGUUGUGUGUGUGUGUGGUGGGGGGGGGGGUGUUUUUUGUUCCUCCAGUUUGCAGAAUUUUUUUUAAUCUAACUACCUAUAAUUGAUGCAGUUUCUUAUAUAUAUAUAUUAGUGUGUGUGUGUGUUUGGGGACCAUUUAAUUCUUCAGUCAAGCUCUAUAUAAUAAAAAGUAUUGAUGAUUAAUAUGAUGCCAGCCACUAUUUUUGACAUUUCCUUCAGUUCACGCUAGUACAACCUAGUAUGAAUUUUAGGCCCUGAUUUGUCAUGCAAACGCGUGUAUUUCACCUCCUCAAACAAAUCCAGUCAUAUGUGAUUGCAGCAUUGCUGAGGUUUGCAGCCAAAAUGGAAGUGUGACCACCCCCUUUUUUCUUUCCUGGUUAAUUUGGGAACCACGUUGAUGUAGUUGUCAUACUGCCCCCUGUUGAACACUCGUGAAGUGAAGGUUCUGAUGUGAAUAACAAGGGUCGGGACGUUUUAGCUUGUUAGAACACCUCCAGUUUAGCUUGCUGUUUCUCUUGUCACUGGUUUUUACUAAUAAAUCAAAUGCCACCUUGACGUGAGAUUAAUUAUGUAUAAUAUGUAUCUUUUUUCCUUGGAGUCUAAUAAAUGAUUGGGAUUGAUUUGGA